UAUAGAAAACUGCCUUAUUUGACAAUUCCUUAUAUAAGUAGUAAAUGACUUGACAUUAUUUCAUUAUUCAAUUUUUACUGGCCCAUUUAUCUAUUGUUUAUUCCUGACUCUCAGCUCAUCUUAGCUGUAUUAUUAGGUCACAUAACCAAAAUAUUUGUAAUGGUUUUUAUUUCCCCAUAAAUAAACUUUUCUCUAUUUACAAGGUUUUAUGAUGGCAAAUGAGUGCCCUAAUGUUUUAAAUCAACGUGCUUUUCACCCAACUGAUCCACUUCAAGGAAUGCGAAAUUAUGAUCUUGGAUCAUUGUCACAAAAGCAGAAGGAGAUGUUAAAUCAUAUGAAAAUUUCGCAGAGAAAAGAAAACGAGAUUUAUUUACACAAACAUCCUGAGAUAAAAGGCCUUAUUUCCAUUUUAUUGAGAUACGUAUUGAUAAAGAAACCAGCUUUUGAUGUUCAUCAAAUUGUCGGAGCUUUUUUCGCAAGAUCUCGUAAUAUAAUUGCAAAAGACCUGUUAGAAUAUUUGCUAGAGACUGAAUGUGCCAGUGGAAUAAUUGACGAUUUACGAAAAGAAGUUGACGAAAGUAAUGUAAUAAACAUAAAUGAUAUCGAGUUCAGCACUGAAAAUAUUAAUUAUUUCGGUUGCCAAGAAUAA